UGUCUGAAUGUCAAAGAUGGCGGUCCACAUGUCGCGGUGAAUUCUUAUCAAAUAGAGAAAAAGAGUAUGUUUUCUUGUUUAUAAAGACGUAACUCUUUAUGGGUGUUAGCACAUUGAGUGGGCCUUUUUUUAAAACUUUGAGGUGGGCACCGCUGAGGAGGAGAUGGCUUUGAGCGAAAUUACUCGAAGUGUUCGGCUGCUGAUAGGUCAAAUUCAACGAUGUCGUCCAAUUGCGGCUACACAUCAGACGUCUGCUGUGUGGUACCCAGCCCGGUGUCUGAGUCAGGCAGCCACUCAGCCGGAGCCCGUCGCAGAUGAAAAUGAAGCCGUGAGCACGACCUUUGUGAACAGAAACCCCCGGAACCUUGAGCAGAUGGCUCUGGCUGUGAAGGACCGGGGCUGGAAGACGACCUGGCCCCGCCGGCAGUUCUACCACAGGCUGGAGUUUUCUCGCAGCCAGCACCAUGUGACGGCACAAGUGUUCUCCUGCACCUCUCCUGUCCCGGUGCUUUCCUGUUCAACCAAGGAAUGGGCGGUGAAGAAGGAGCUGGCUUCCACGAACUGUGUGGCGGCCUGCCAGGCCGUCGGUGAGGUGCUGGCACAUCGAUGCCACCAGGCUGGCAUCACCAGGAUGGUGUACUGGGAGAUUCCCUGGAUAUACAGAUCUGACGCUAUUCAGUCUUUCAGGACAGCAAUGAAACAGGGAGGAAUCAUCCUCAGUGAACCUCGAAGGAAAUACACCAGGACCUGAAUAUGGGUGUCACCUAUCACAUAUGUUGUUUUGUAAAAACGUCUCCUGUACCCCUUACUUUCUGCUCUUUUUUGAAUUAGGACUGCACUGGUAUUGAGAUGACCAGCACCACGGUGAAUGGCAGUACAAAGAGAUUCAAAAUGAAUGAUGAAAGGAAGGUUGCUUGUCCCUGUGCUGUCACUUGUGGAUAAAAUGUUCUGAACAGAAGCAGUUCUUCUUUGGUGCGUUAUUUAGUCAAGAAACAAAACAGUUGGUCUGAGUAUAAUCAUUUAUUUUUCACUCAGUAGAUGUUGUAAACAAGAGAGAGGUGCAGACAGGAGAGAGCAUAACACAACGAGGAAUAGGGAUGUGGACACAAUUUAAAAAAAAGAAUCAUUUUAAUCACACAGCAUGAUGUUGGCUCAGGCAGUGGGAACAGUGUGCAUUGUGGGGUUGUAAAGUGCAUGUUUUCAUUUACGGUGAGCAUGCAGGUUAAAGAGAGUAAGCUUUAGCUUGUGUUCACUGGAUAAAAGGUAACACCAGCAUGAAAUUUUCCACAUCAGCGUCUAGUGAUCAGAAGUCUGAAAACAGUACAUUGAAUAAUUUACCUCAAUCCAAUAAAUGUCACUAUAAAUACAUGAGAAAACCCUGAACAACAUGGUGGUAUAAAACAUAACAUGCAUCCAGGUCAUCAGCAAUUUUGUUGAUAUAUAUAUAUAUAUGUAUGAAUGCAUUAUGCAUACAUGCAAAACUGUAGGAAGUCACAUUUAUACUGCAAUCAAACCAAGAGAGAAACAGUACAAGAUACUACAAGAUACAUAGAAGAUACAGCCACCAUGUUGUAGUAAAAACAUCAGUCAUAGAGUCAUAUUUCAUUCUCAGGUUGAAGGCACUCACAGGGCCCUGGUGUUUAGAGGGAAUACAAAUAAAAUGGGCGACACUGGUCCUCAACAUACUGACAUGAUAAAGAUUUUCCAUUAAAUAUAUUCAUUGGCACACUGGAAUACAUUGUUUGGCAAACACGCUUGCACCAUAAAACUGGCCCUGACUUGGUCCGUAAUGCACAGCUUGGAUACAGUGAAAUCCUCCCAUCUGUGAACAAUGUUACAACUUCUAAUGAGAGAAAAUAUGAAAUAUAUUUACAACCCUGAUUUCAACAAAGAACGCUGUAAAAUGUAAAUCAAACAGAUGUCACCUGUUCUUAAUGAACCUGUUUACCUGUGAAAUGUUCCAAACAGGGGGUUUUGGAGCAUUUCACUACUUUCACAGUCUUUUGUUGCUCCUGUCCCAACUUGUUUGAAACACUGACUUCAACAUUUUGCUGGCGUCAAAUUGAAUAUAUAUGAUAUACACUGCUCAAAAAAAUAAAGG